AUGUCUAUUGAUAAAGUUCAGUGCAUAAGGGCGAGCGUAGAUUGCCAGUCAAGCAGCAGCAGUAAUGGCGAGAGUGAAGAGAUGCUAGGCAAGCACGGCAAGAGAUCGUUAGUAGGAUGGCUGAUCGAAACACGCAACGCGUUGCCAGCCAGCAGCAUCCGUCCAAAGGACAUCUUCAAUCCGCCGCCGUGUGCGAUGGAGACGACGUGUUAUAGCGCGUAG